AUCAGUUUGCCGCCAUUGGCCGCCAUUUGCUAAACGUGUGACAGUUUUAGGUUGCGCACUAAAACAUUUCGUGAAUUAAAACGAAAUAUCUUUCGGAUCAGUUAAGCUGAUACUAUUCGCGUUGAGGUUCCCUAAUAAAGUUUGCUGUUUAGCAACAACCAGGAGGUUGUUGCUUAGAAGUCAAUAAAAGCUUUGAGAAUUACGCUAAUAAAGGGAGCACCGGCCGAGUCCGGCGCGUCUGGCUGUGCCGGGCGACCCGCGCCCCCGAGCCUCCGCCCGCCGCGCUGCUGGCGCCGCGCACUCAACGUCGACCCGCCCUGGCAGCGCGCACGGGCCCGCUGACGCCACACCACGCAACACACCUGACACUUGUGGACUAGCGCUAGUGGGCCCCCACCACCGGCCUCUGACACCUGACACCGCCUUUCCCCUUUCUCUGGACAGCCGUUCGCCUGCGCGCGCGCAGUAUAGCCGCCCCACCGCGCCUCGGCGCCGCCGGGGCUACGGUACGUCGCGAGACCUAGCCACAGGGGGAGAUCGCUUGCCUAUCUAUUGACAACUCUAAAUAUCACAUCAUAAAGCUCAAAUUCAUCCAGCAUCGAGCAGAAGCAACAUCUUAAGACCAGCAAAAGUCUGCAAAAGUCGUUUCAAGCAAAAGUUGACAAAUAUCGUUUCAAGGACACCGAAAGUAAACAAAAUCCCGUGCGAAAUGAAGGUAGUUGAAGAGGAACAGCGCAUCCGUGUGAUGGAGGGUCCGUGGACCACGGAGGGAGUUAUAAGGGAGAUUAUAGAGGAGGGGACGCAGGAAGAUCCCUUCUACUUGAUGGACUUGGGCGAGGUGGUCGCUCGGUACCACCAAUGGAAGGAAUUGCUUCCUCGCGUCGAGCCGUUCUACGCGGUGAAAUGCAACGACGACAAGCUGCUGUUGAGUACGCUGGCGGCUUUGGGCACCGGCUUCGACUGCGCCUCUAAAGCGGAGAUCGAGCUCAUCACCGGACUUGGGGUGCGGCCAGAGCGCAUAAUAUUCGCGAACCCGGCCAAAUUGGCGUCCCACAUCCGCUACGCGUCGACCGUCGGAGUUGACUUGAUGACCUUCGACUCUGAGACCGAGCUCGUGAAGAUCAAGCAGGCCAUGCCGCAUGCCCAGCUGGUGAUCCGCAUCCGCUGCGACGCGACAUCCGCGCAGUGCCCGCUCGGCAUCAAGUUCGGCUGCGACCCGCUCACCGAGGCGCCGCGCCUCCUCAAGCUGGCUGCCGUCCACGGCCUCCAGGUGGUGGGCGUGUCGUUCCACGUGGGGUCGGGCGCGCGCGAGACGGGCGUGUACGCGCGCGCCAUCCAGCUGGCGCGCGCGCUGUUCGGGCUGGGCGCGGCGGCCGGACACCGCAUGCGCCUGCUCGACCUCGGCGGCGGCUUCCCCGGACACGCCGGCUCCUGCAUCCGCGAGGUGGCGCAAGUUAUCAACGCAUCUUUGGACGCGAACUUCUCCGGCUGCGAGGUGCGCGUCAUCGCGGAGCCGGGCCGCUACUUCGCUGCAGCCGCCUACACGCUCGCCGCCAUGAUACACGCCAAACGGGAGAUACCCACACAGAACGAGGAGGACGGGGACGGGUUGCACACGAUGUACUUCAUCAACGACGGCGUGUACGGCUCCUUCAACUGUCUGCUAUAUGAUCAUCAGACGGUUGUGCCCAUACCACUCCAGUCGGAAGAAGGCGCCUCUCGCAUGUCUUCACUGUGGGGUCCAACUUGCGACGGACUCGACUGCGUAGUUCCACGUAUCCGUCUUCCGCCUCAGCCGAUAGGAGGUUGGCUCAUUUUCCGAGACAUGGGCGCCUACACACUGCCGGUCGCAUCGCCCUUCAACGGAUUCCCCUUACCGAAGGUCCGUGCUGUGGUGGAUAGGCGUCUGUGGUCCGUUCUGAAGGAGCUCUGGCCGCUGACGGAAGACCAUUUUGUAGUGGGAGAGCGUGUAACUGGGCCUCAAACUCCUCCACCAUCGCCCUUGGCAUCAUCUCCAACAGAGUCAUUACACCGCACUGUAUUCGUGGAAUGUGCAUUGAAGUGAUUGAGUAUUGGGAAGAGAUUGCCAUACUCAUGUCUGUUGUGUAGUUCUGGCCUAUUUAUAAUCAGUAACCUUUUAUAAUGUUGUGAAUUUCUUAAUAAUAUCAUAAUAUUUACUAAAUGUCAAUGAAUUGGAAUUGUAAAAACUUAAUGUUUGCUAUUAAAACUUCCAUUUUGAAAAUUCGAAUAUUAUUAAUAUAAAUUUCAUCUCUUAAAACUUGUGUAAUUAAUGCAAUUUAUAACAGACAGACAAUCUCUAAUAACAAUAAAAUAAUGGCAGUUCCAAAAUAAACAAACAAGUGUCCACAUUAUAUUCUACUGAUUGAUAUUAACUUAUGAAACAUCCUAAUGCAUUUCUAUAAUCAAUCAAUUCAAUUUCUCACAACUGGAUUAAAGUAAACACAUUCAGUAACCAUGUCAAUAAAUAAUAGUCUCAAACUUUAAUAUCUUAAAUGUGAAUUUUAAAUGUGUCUUAACUUAAUGUGUGCCCGUUAUUGUAAGUCUCGGUGAAAUAAUAAAACCGCCUGUUGUUACCAUCUCAGAAAUGGCUUCUCAAAGAGUAUAAACAUUAAACUAAAAUAUUUUAAUCAAUAUGUAACUUACAUAAUCAAUGUAUUGUAAAAAUGUGUCUUCUUCAUUUGAAUUUUUGUCUUGAUGCGAUUUUGACCAUCAAUUAUUCACUGCCUAUGUUUAUUUACUUGCGUACUGAUUUUAAUUAACACACAAGUAUAAUUUGUUUCACUAGUUCUUUUUUUAAAAGUAUUUAUAUUUUAGAAUUGUACUUUAAUAAAUAUUGUAAUUUUUUUUCUUGUUUUUAUCGUCGUGUGUAGAUUUGUCAUGUAAUUGGAACCACUUAAACCAUAUUUUUUUCAUCGUAACUUUUUUAGCGGUAGAGAACAUUCCCAUUACGAAUAAGUAAAACUAAUUAUCUUCUACGGAUGAUGCUUUAUAAAAUUGUAAAGAUUUCCUUUUUUUUUUUCAAUUUAAAUUUAACUUGAUGUUUUUGUCAUUAGAUGGGUUUCGCAAAUGGUAUUAUAGCGAAAAGCUUUUUUGAAAUACAAUGCUGCAAUAAGUUCGUUGUUUUAUUACCCUUUAGUUCUUUGAUUAUUUAAUUGCUUUCCGAUUCGUUGCGGCACCGAUUUUAGACAACUUUUAGCUGUGGCGGCAAACAAAUAUUUCAUGACACGUCUGAAGUGGCAAGCGCCAUCAGCCAUGUGUAAAAAUAAUUUUCUUUUUUUAUGCUUUUUUCACUUGUUUAGACCUAAUUAAGUUUAGUUGACAUCAAACAUCAGUUACAAACGGAAGGAUACUUGGUUUUAGUGGGUAACUACGUGUUUUUCUACGUGUUUCUUUGAAAUUGAGAGUUAAGGUAUAAUUCCGUAGCCGACCGCAGACAGCAACAGCAGGCGACACGACGCUGCGGUCAUGAUUCCGAACCCGACUGCAAGCGGCAGCAGCACGUGUUCCAAUCUGUUGCGAAAGUUCUGUGGGUACUCUAUUUAUGUAAACAAAAUAGGUACUAUAUAUAAAUAUAUGUAUAUAUAUAUA